AUCACAUUGUGUUCGGUCCGCAUUAUCCUAUGGUGUAAGGCUGACCGCGGAGCGCUUGGGAGUAAACAUACUUCUUGGUGUUAUGCCUAGCAUUUUUACUUGCUCUCCAUAGUAUAGCAGCUUUUUGCCGCUCGCUCUUCCGACUGCUAGCGAUAGCGUUAGUGCUCAGUCGCCAUCCUACACCAUGAUCACUUUUCACCCAUUUCCGCGGCUUCCCCUGGAGCUCCGAGAGCAGAUAUGGAACGACACCGUCGAGCCCCGCACCGUCGACGUCCGGCGUGUUCGAGAGGGGACUCAACGCUAUGGCCAGCUAGUCUCAUCCACGCCAAUACCAGCCAUACUACAGUCCUGCCGGGAAGCCCGGAACCUUGGACUUUACGAGCGAGUCUUCUUUGAGGUUGCUGCAGUAAAGAAAUCCACAAGCGACAACGCAUCCCAGGUCGCCGUUGAGAGAUUCUUCAUGCCCGAUGGGCAGGGGGAAGAAGGGUCCAAGAAAGGAGGCUCCCCCGACACCGAGCAGCGCUAUGUCUGGUUGGAUCUUGACAUCGAUAUGGUGGACAUCGGAGCUUCUGAGUUCUGUAAUUACAGAUCGAUCGCAUCAGCAGUCAAGCGUCUCAAAUUUAAGCGGGAGAACGGGGACGAAUACUUUUACCAUACUGAAUCAAAUGAACUCAUGGAGUUUGUUAGUGUGGAAGAGAUUCAUAUCGUCUGUGCAGAUGGUUUCUGGAUGUGGGCUGGGGCUAUCGAUGAUCAUGCCUGGCCCUGCGCCGAAGAAAAGCUGGUAUUCAUUGAUGCAUUGGAUGGUCGAGUUGUGCGAGGCACUGAAUUUGAAUUUGUUUGUAAACAGAUGCUGAAGAAGGCUCGUCUAGAAGCUACUGGCGAAGCAUUCUCCAGCGACGACGAGUCUUGAAGCUGCACCAAUCGUCUUCUCUUAUUUUAGGCUUUCGCCAGAGGCAUGGUUCUAUCGAUGAAAUACUG